AUGCAAGGGCCGAGGCGGCGGCGGCGGCGGCCCGGGGGCUUUAACCAGGAGAGGUCUGCGGGCAGCUCCACCAUGUCGGAUAGUGACCUCGGGGAGGACGACAGCGCCACGUCCCCCGACCCCUCGCAGCCCAACAAGAGGAAGAGAAGGGGCAAUCUCCCCAAGGAGUCCGUGAAGAUCCUCCGGGACUGGCUGUACGAGCACCGCUUCAAUGCCUACCCCUCGGAGCAGGAGAAGCUCAGCCUCUCGGGGCAGACCAGCCUCUCUGUGCUGCAGAUCUGCAACUGGUUCAUCAAUGCCCGGCGGCGGCUGCUCCCCGACAUGCUGCGCAAGGACGGGAAGGACCCCAACCAGUUCACCAUCUCCCGCCGAGGGGGCAAAGCUGGCGACGUGGCCCUGCCGCGGGGGGCUGCUGCCGGCUCCGGGGUGCUGGUGGUGCCUCCCGUGACGGCCGCGGGGGCCUCCAAGGUGCUGUCCAUGUCCGUGUGCCCGCAGGUACUGUGCCACCCUGCCCAGGCGCUGGGCAGCAGCCUGACGGUGGUGAGCGCCCACAGCCCCGACUGGGAGAAGCCGCCUGGCCCGCAGCGAGCGGAGCCCGACCCCGUCCCCAAGGCGGCGCUGGGUGCCCCCGGCAGCACCGUGACCCUGCUGGCCCGUGCCGAGGCGGCCAGCCCCACCAGCGGACUCUUCAACACGCCGCCCCCCACGCCCCCCGAGCUCUUUGGGGACGACUUCAGCAGCUUCCAGCUGCUGGUGGAAGUGGCGCUGCAGAAGGCGGCCGAGCUGGAGUCGCAGCGGCAGGGGGGGCAGCUGCCCCUCUCGCCCCAGACUGAGCCCCCCGGAGCCGCCCUCUCCAAAUAACCCCAUGGCCAGGUCCUUGGGGUGCCUGAACCCCCUCCUUGUGCCACCCGCCUGCCUGCACCCCCCAAACCAGCUCGUCUUGGAAGCGGACUCCUGCCUUCCGGGGGGCUCUGGUCUCUGUGCCAAGGGGGGAGAGGAAGGACUGUCCCAUGGCUCCCAUCGGCUGCCCUUGGGAGGAUGUGGCCGAUGUGAAAAGACCUUUGCAGCUUUACUGACCUCUCCCUGCCGCCACUGAGGGUUACUGUGGAGCUCCCCUUGGAAAACCUGCUGACUUCUUUUUCUCUCCCCUGUAAACAAGGGUCCAGCCACGCCGCUUCUUCAGGGAGAGAAAGAGAGAAUUUAUGUUUGUGUUAAAGUUGGUGUCUGUUUUAAGGACUACGGAUGAAAAGCUUUUCCUCCCAAAUCUCUCGUCUCUUCCCCCCCCCCCCCCCUUUUUAUUUUCCCUUUGUUUGUGGAGGGCCCUCCUGGUACCUUGUUCUGGCAGAGUCCUGCCUUGCCCAGGGAAGGGCAAAGCACAGAUGAACUGGAAAGCUGAAGCCUGUGGCAUUUUUUCCACAUGGAAAACAUGGGACCCUCCUUUUCUGUUUAGUUGCUGCCAGUAGAAAUCUCGAUGGUGCUGUUUAGCAAAUUUUUUUUGUUGAAACAUUUUCCUUUUAAUUGUGAUUUAUUAUAUGAUUUUUUAUUCUGUUUUUUUGUUUCUUAAGCAUUUCCACAACCUCCCCCCGUGUUUCUCUCGAGUUCCUGCUCAAUGUUUGUGUCCUGGAACGGAGAGCGUGGUGCGGAGCCUGCGCGGUGCUGACUGCAGGCGGCUGCUGGGGGUGGAUGUGAAGCUGAGACUGUGAAAACUUUAUAUCCAA